UCCAUUACUCCCAAUCCUUUUCCUAUAUAACUUCUAAAUUUCCAACUGGCAAUCUGAAAUAAAUACAUAAACAUAGUAUCUGAUUAUAAGGUUAAAUGUGGCCAGUUGUUUAGAAAAUAUUUGUAAAUUUUUCACACUACUGGUAAGAUCAGGAACACUAAACUACAACAUGUCUAUUGGAUCUGUCUUUGAAAUGGCCUACAAGGGUGAUUUUAAUCAGGUUAAAGUUAAAUUGGAUCAAGAUAUUCAAAUAGCAUGUAACCGGGACUCAAAUGGAAGACAACUUCUUCAUUGGGCGGCUCUCAGUGGAAAUGUACAUCUAGUAGAGUAUUUAAUUGGCCAUGGAAACUCAGUUAACUCAGUGGAUGAUACAGGAUCUACACCACUUAUAUUAGCUGCAUCUGCUGGAAAGAAUGAAGUUGUUUUACUAUUGAUUGGCAAAGGAGCUGAUGUCGAUCAUAAAACAAACCGUGGCCAGUCGGCAUUGCAUUAUGCUUGUUCUAAAGGACAUUAUUCGGUAGUGAAGUUAUUAGUUCAAAAUGAUGCAAAUGUGAAUAAUACUGAUGUAUUAAAAGCUACAGCUCUACACAGAGCUGCUGCUCAAGGCAGGAAUAACAUUAUUGAACUACUUUUAUUGUCACCUGAUGUAAAAUUGGAUCUCUGUGACUCCACUGGCUGCACACCUUUACAUCUGGCUUGUGAAGAAGACAGAGAAGCUGUAGCCUGUAUGUUAGUAAAAGCUGGCGCAGAUUUACACAUUAAAAAUAAAGAACAAAAAUCACCACUCGAUUUGUCUUCUUUAAAACUUCAGAAAUGUUUGACUAGACUAGUGGAUGAAGAAAUCUCGUGAACUGGUGGAUGAAUUACUAUGUAUAUAUGUGAUUAAA